AAUUUCAAAAUAUAUUCAUUUGCCGCUUUGGGAUUGAAAGUCGGUAGACUGUAUGUACAUGGGGAGAACUACAAGCUACGAAAGGAGUCAAAGACACAACAGCUUGACGUGUUACAUGGCUGCUUGAAGCAUAUGGAGUUGCUGGUCCGAACAAGAAGUUGGCAUUCCACUAUUCAACGUGGCUUCAAUUCUUUCCGUUUUCUGGUGUUACUUGGGUACUUAGAGCGUAUGGAUUUCCUAAACGGAAUUUGAUAGGUAGUCUUGACGGUCGUUAUGGAUUUACCUGCAAACAUUGGCUCAUAGAUCCUGCCUAUAGAGAUUUUAUCUCGUUUGAGAGGAAGAGAGUUUUAGAGAAAAGUCGCAUUAAAAAGUAUUCGACACAGUUUGAUGGUUAUAAUCUGAGGCGUACAAAAACGACGACAAUAUCAAAGUUUGUCAUCUUCUUAAACACUCAAAGCUCGUCAAAGUGAUUAUACAGUGUCGCGGUGUCGCCUAGUCCCAACAAGAGUGAACUCUUCAAAAAAGAAUUUCUAACCAAGGCAACAUUCGGUGUUUUUCACUAUAAAAGGGCCCGUUCUGUUGUAUACAACCAGAGGGCACAGGCAUAUAUUAUAUAUGCGUAUGACGUUUGAAAUAGUACUUGAAAUUCCUUAUCCAUUCUUGCAGUAAAUAUAUUUGUUUCCCGCUGCGAUCUAUAGAAAUGCUUUAUAUUUAUUAUCAAAGGAUAUUAAUCUACGACGCAUUUAACAUACUUUGAUGUUUAUAAUUUGUUUAUAACAAAAAUGGCAACGAAAUCGAAGUUUUGUCAAAUUUUCAAACACUCGUCGUAGUAAUUGUAAGUUUUCCAGACUUUGUUUUAUUGUAUUAAUCACAAAACUAAAGAAUGGUACGCGUUAAAUGUUAGGUUGAAUAUAUGCGAAAUAUUUCAUGAUGUAUAAUCUAUUCAUUUGCCAGGGUUAGUUCUGUUUAUCUUAUUUAUCCUUCUGUAUUUAACUCUAUGUUUUUAACCUUAUAUUUUUUGUACACAUUUCGCCACAGCGAUAAAAAAGAAAAAACUUUGUCGAGCCGAUGAACUGAUCUAAAACAUUUAAUGUUUUCCCUUGUCGGAUUACGAUGUAAAUCGUUGCCGGAAAUGACACGCAGGCAAUUUAAAAAUAAUAAUUUUUGGGAAAGUUGGUCUUGGCAUUAUUUAACUCGAUUGCAUGAUUUAUCAUUUGUAUCUGAAAUUCUUUUACAUUAUUUCUUCAAAAUUUUGUUAUUUGUGAAUAUUUAUAAGAAUUAGUUGGUUAACAGACAGUUUUUGAGCCACUGGCCAUUAGGGCAUUAACCGUGUGUUAAAACUCAGCUAAAAUUGCUCGUAUUUGUUGAGCGGUGAGAAAAUAAGGACAUAAGGAAGUAUUGAAGAUUGUUGAUAAAUAGUAUGGAAGUAUAAGAAAAUACAUGUAAUAAAUGUAUGAAUAGUUAAAUAAAAACAUAAAUAAAUUAUAAAAUUUUAACAAUGAAAGUAGACAAGUCAUAUAGUCACUGAUGUCGAAACUAACUAUCGAUUUGGCAAACACGAUGUGCAGUCUACGACAUCGUGAAAAUGGAGCAAAAAUAUUUCAUUUAUGCAAAUGACUUCACAAACAAAUCUAUAAAUUUGUUUGCGACUAACCAUUUAGCUAGCGACUUUUAGCUAUGUAUAAUUUUAAUUGCAUGCUUAUUUACAGCAAGGGUUAUGACAAAGGAUAGAGCAUUCAUACUUGCUUUUCAGUUAUACCUGCACAUGUUUUCUACUCAUGAAAAAACCCACAGCUAGUGCGAAGUAUAGCUACUUUAGUAGGAUAAGAAUAGGACAAAAUUUCAAAAUAGGAGCAAGAUUUCAAAAUUGGUCAUUGUUAAGUCACAUAUUCAUUUAUCCAUGUCUUUGAAACAGAUAACAUAAACUGUCGCAGAAUACAUUUACAUAGUUAAGAACAAAUUUGUUUAUAUCUAUCAUAUUUUUAGCUCAAGAAUCUCCAUCAAUUAAUUUUCUUUAUUGUUUUAAACUGAAUACCCAAGAAAACAGUCAAUAAGACGUUAGAAAUUUUGUAUUGCGUUAAACACGACAGCAAAUGAGCGCCUAAAAUCUACGUAGAAAUAAAUGAAACAAAAAAUUUUCCAGUUCACUUGUAACAAAUAACAGUCGAAGUUAAUUCACAGAUACUCUUUCAACGCUUCUAAAAGAACCACUACUUUUCCUUUGAUUAAUCCAAAGUUGGGAUUGGAAAGUUCCACUGAAGGAAAGUUGGAAAUAAUAAUCACGAGCUCAAACAAAUAUUUGCCGUAUCACGAGAAGAGAUGGGGAUAUGGCAGUCACAACCAGCAGCUGUGCACUUCUUGGAAGAGGGAAAUUUUAAUAUGAAAAAUGGCGAUUACGAAAGGGCAAUUACACACUACCAAGAAUGUUUGAAUGUUACAAACGAAAUUAUGACAUUAGAAUGUUUGAAUGUUUCUAAUUAUGAAAUUAGAAUGUUUGAAUGUUACAAACGAAUUAGCGUCAAAAUAAUGGCGUUCUUUGGUCUUGGUAACGCUUAUACUUUCUCUAAUGAAUGGCAGGAAGGAUUAAACUGUUUUAAUCAUUAUUUGAAUCUUUCUUCUAAAGUGGAAAGUAAGUAUUUUCAGCAUGAAGUAUAUCUUGGCCUGGGGAAUAUUCAUUCUACCACUGAAAGACUGAAGGACGACAUAAAGAAAGAUGAAAUGGAUUGUCUCUGCCAUAUUGCAUUAGGAGGAUUGAAUAAGUUGCUUGGAAAUUAUGAGAAAUCUCUGGAGCAUUAUGGUAAAGGAUUUUCUCUUAUUGAAUCUCAACAGCAACAACAUGAACAGCAUCAUCGACCACAACGACCAAGAAAAGUUGGUGGUAUCAACGUUAGUAAAGAUUUCGUCGACCAUUACUUUAAGAACUUGUCAAUUGUUACUUCAGCUGGAAUUGUGAAUGGAGUGUUGGCUGUUUUAUGGGAACUAGCGGAGUUGUUUGAUAAACUUAAACAAUGGGGAGAUGCAACAUUUAUAUAUGAAAUAUAUCUGGAGAUGGUCAAAAGAUGAAGAUAUAGAAAAACAAAAGAACGUCAUGAAGCGUCUGGUGCAAAUAUACGAUGAAGAAGAGCGUUAUUACUUAAGAAAUUCGAUGGAAGCCAAGUUACAAGAAAUCAUUAAGAAAAAGGACGAAAAAGAGUGGGAAUACAUUGGUGAAUCUGUUAAACAUAAAGAAUUGUUCUUAAAAUUGAUUAAGUAUGGACGAAAUCCCAAUGUCGAGGUCAAGCAUGUAGACAAUGUACGUGUAAUUUUCUCAGAGGAGUUUUGCAUCGGCAAAGGAAGUGAUAGAAUCCGUGUUUAUCUGGGACUGAAAAAGGAUGGUUACGGCAAAGCAGUAAAACGAAUACGUCGAGAUAACUGCAUCACGAUUGCCAAGAAAGAAAAGGAAAUCUUGAACGAAUUCAACGCAAAGGAGUCGAAAUAUGUUGUGAAAUAUUACUACUUGGAUAAAGACACUGGAACAAACUAUGUCUAUUUGAUACUAGACCUAUGUGAAGAAUCGUUGGAAAGUUUUGUGGAAUCUUCUACAUUGCAGGUUCUUCAAAAAUCUCUUCCCGAAAUUCUCAGACAAAUGUUAAAAGGAUUAGCUGAUCUUCACUCAGACCCAUGUCCUAUUCUUCAUCGGGAUUUAAAGCCUUCCAAUGUUCUCCGAGACACACAUGGUAAAUUUCUGAUUGCUGACUUCGGUAUAAGUCGAAAAUUGAAGGUUGACCUUAAGACGUAUUAUACUAGCUCUAAAAGCGGAACUCGGGAUUGGAUUGCUCCUGAAUCAUAUUGUAAAGAUGAAGAUUCAGUUGAUAAAGCACGUUACAAAAAAGAGUCAGAUGUAAUGAAUGCCGGAAUGUUGGCUUAUUAUGUUGCAACAAAAGGGAAGCAUCCUUUUGGUUCUGAAGACUGUAGACUACAAAACUUGUUACAUGGAAAUCAUGUUGGCUUGGACGAAAUAAAGGAUGCUGCUUUCUUAGACCUUUUGUUAUGGAUGCUACAACUAAAACCAGAAGACAGGCCAUCAGCCAACGAGGCGUUAAAACAUCCUUAUCUACAAUCCGAUAAGGAGAAGUUUGACAUGCUGUGUGAUGUUGGGAAUCAACCGGAGAUAAGACAACCACAAUGUCAAAAUUCAGAUGUUCGUAAGCAGUUGGAUUGUCAUUCAAAAUGGAUGGAGCUUAUCGACGAUAAAGUAUUAGAAGAUUUCACAACCUUUCAAAAUAGCAGCAAAAAAGUUAAUUAUGAGUCGUCAUGGGCAAGUUGUUUAAGAUUCAUACGAAACGUUGACCAGCAUUGGAAGGAUAAGCCUCGUCCACAUCUAUCGCCAUAUGUUAAAGAAGGAAACUAUAAAAAGUACUUUUUGCAACAUUUUCCCGAUCUUCCUCUUCGUGUGCAUAAAAUCAUAAGGUCAACUGACUGGAAAACAAGAACUGAUCUCGAGAAACAUUUUACCUGUACUGAACAUCAUGUGAAAAUUGAAGAAGUUAGUGGAAAGAAAAGCAAAGACGUCAUGGACAAUUUUGAUCUUGAUGGUAAAUAAAGUUACAACAAACUAAUGCUUACUAGAAGUUAAUCACUCAAAAUAUAACUCUUGUCUACGACUUAGCAUAUAUUAUUUUAGGAAUUGGUAAAAUGAUGUAAAUUGAUGAGAAUCCACUUUGUAACAGUAAAUAAAAGUCGAUUAUUCUAAU